UCUAUUCUUUAUUGCGCAUCGAUAGAAAACGGAUGUACUAACUAAAUUCUUACGCGUACGGCGCGUUCUUGCCGACAUCCGCCAUUUUGUGUACCGGUUUAAAACCACGUGUUAAAUUAAUAUCAAACUGCGGUUGCGAAUAAUUAAAUAAUGGGUGCAAUUUAUGACGGUAAUAUAAUUGAAGUAAUUGACGAAUCGAAGAACACUAAUCUGCAUAAGCUUGCACUUAAUGGCGAGCAUUACGAGCUGACCAAAUUCGAAGCUGGAUCGAAAAUCGACACGCCGAAUGCGUACGGUUUAACACCGCUGAUGCUUGCGGCGAGGUUCGGCCAGUUAGAAGCUAUUAAAGUGUUGUUAGACUUAAGGGCAGAUGCUACUAAAGUCAACAAAUACGGAGGAAGCGUCUUUUUAAUGGCAGUGGCUUCCGGUAGCCUGGACGUGGUGAAUCUUCUUCUACAACAUUUAUUGCAAGGAGGAGUGUCAAGACAAGCACUUGAAAAUCAACUUUCACCGAUAUCGUUAUCAAUUCUAUUCGGACACGAACACGUGUUUAAGUUUUUGAUUGGUAACAAAUUUAACGUGCAAUCAAUUUCAUUAUACACAGGAUUAACACCUUUAAUGUUUGCUGCACUCAACGAAAACCCUGUUUUCACCAAACAUUUACUCAUGAUGGGUGCGGAUCCACGCGUGCGUAACGCCAACAAUGAAACAUGUCACGAUUUAGAUAGAUGGUUAAAUGGUCCACCGGAAAUUCGGGAACCACCACAGCAGCAACACCUACCAUACCAACAACAACACCAGCCAUAUCAGCAACAACCACAGCAAUCGACACAUCAUAAUCCCAAUCAUAAUCAUAAUCAUAAUCAAGAACUACAUAUUCAAAUCCCUCAAUAUCCUUAUCAAUACCAACAACAGCAUCAGCAAUAUGAACAACCACAACAUCAUCCACAGCAUCAGCAGUAUGAACAACCACAACUUCAACCACAACCUCAACAACUGCAACCUCAACAUCAGUCACCACUGAUAAUGAUAAGUCCUCAAGCAGCUCCAUAUUACAAUCUAAUGCCAAUGCCCCGCAAGUCUUCCAACUUGUGCACACCGGAUGAGAUAACACCGACUGUCUCACCAGUAGGUUUCUAUCCGCAACAAAUGUUCUUCCCUGCUGAUUUUACUCCUUCACAAUACGCAAGUCCCAAUUAUCUUGUCGGCAGAACCUAUCAACCUUACAAUCCAGAUUAUGUAGUGUCUCCUGUUUAUGGUAUGGGCCCAUGGGUUUUCACUUCGCCGUACACGCACAAUGUGAACACAAACAUGGCGGAGGAUGUCUUUCAAGCGUAAAGUAAAACUACUAAACGGUAAAACUGAACCAAUAUGAAUUUUUAAAUUGUUAAUCGUAUUUGAGAAUGAUCAGCACUUUUGAAGGACAUUUAGUCCUGAAUAAGUGCUUAUUUUAUUUAUUUGACAUAAUUUUUUUGUUUGUGAAACUCGUGAUGUCUAAAAAAUGGGUUAUUUUGAUGGUAACGUUAGAAUUUUUAUAAAACUACUGAAAUACCGGUCUAUUUGUUGCGUGGAAAGGUUUAAGAUGCAAUAUUUGAGCGAGUAAUGUAUUUAAAUCUAACCUGCAGCGAGUAAUCAAUUUUAUUUAUUCAACAAUUUCGAAAUUUUUGUAUUUAAAUGUAUUUAAGUGUCCUGAAAGGAUUGUUUUCUAUAAAAUAUGCAAACUUAACUCAUCUGUGACAAUAAAGAAGCAUUGACUAUGAGAAUGAGUAAUGGCGGACAAUAAUAACACAUUCAAACUUACAUUAUUACUAAAUUUAUUGAAAUUGAAUAAUUUUUUAUCACUUUAAGUGCUAAAAUACACUUUAUACCAUGUUAAAACUAAUACAAUGUAUAAAUCACGUGUUUAUAACUUUUCCACGUUCAAAAUGAUGUCUUCCGCUGCUUGGACCAAGACGCCAUUUUUAAACUUGACUGGAUACUGGAUUUUCUUCGCGAAAGUGAAGCGGUAACGCGUCAGGAGUUGAAUCAGACCUAUUUUGGCUUGUAAAACACCAAAACGAAGACCUAAUACAUAAAAAACAAACAAAAUUAAUAAUUUUAACCAUAAAUAACAUAAAAAUAUUAAUUACCGAUGCAAAUUCUGGGUCCUUCACCAAACGGCAUCCAUGUAUACGGAUGACGAGUCUUCUUAUUCUCCUCGGUGAACCUCUCAGGAUCAAACUUCUGCGGAUCCGGAUAAUACUCAGGAUCAUAAUGUAUUCCCAUCAAGGGAAUGAAUACUUUGGUGCCUUCCUCUAAAACCACAUCAGUUCCAGGCACUUUAUACGCCUUGGUGCAUUCACGAUUCAAAACAGGUAAAGCCGGAUACUUCCUCAAUGUUUCAUUAAUACAUUGUUCUAAAUACUUCAUAUCAUUGACACAUUCAUAAGUCAUUUCAUUAUUAUGUUGUUUUAGGACUUUCUGGACCUCCUGGCGUGCUUUCUCCUGUAAAUCAGUAUUAAUACACAACUCUAACAUCAAAUGUGUCAUUGUGGAUGAAGAGGUUUCAAAUCCAGCGAUGAAAAACAAAAACGCUUGACUGACAAUCUCCUGCAUGCCAAUCUCAGCCUUCUGCUUCAUCUCCAACAUCAACUGUAAGAGAUCAUUGCGUUUAAUUUGAUUAUUCUCACGGUAUUCAACUGUUUCCGUUGUGAUUUUCGUGUAGAAGUUGGCGAUGUCAUGCGGGAAGUUGACCAUUUUCAACCAGGCACCCAGCUUGGGGAAGGCAGCAGUGAAAGGUAACUGCAUUUUGAAUUGUAAGGUGAGGUUGAUCAAUCUGUUGCCGUAGUACCGGAAGUCCGAGUCUGGGUUUUUGAAUGAGUUGCAAUCGAUGCCAAACGCACAGGUUCCAAUUACAUCUGUGGUAAAUCUUGCAGACAUUUCUUUGAUGUCAAUAGGUUCACCAGUUCUGACGUGUUCUUCGAUUUUAUCAACCAUAGGCACACUGCAGGCCACAAUCGAUGGAUACAUUGUCUUCAUCUUACCGGAAGUGAAUGUCGGGGUUAGUUUCACACGUAGGUUCUUCCAGCGAUCACCGCCGAUGUUGAAUAAGUGUCCGUUGAUCGGUUGGUCUUUCUCAUUGAAAUAAAUACCUUUUUCGUCGAAAUAA